AUGAUGGCAACGUCGUACAAAGCUGCCCGAUGCGCUGGGACUACCGUCGACUACAACAGAAUGGCUGAAAGCCUCCAUUUCGGUACUUUCAAAGGUCACGCCGAACAGCUACAAGCUCUCGAAAAAAAACUAGUCGAUGAAAUGGUAGCAGCUUUGAAGGAGCAACGCUACCUUGAAGCUUCCAAGGGUGACGACACAACAAAACAUGUACACUACGACUUACUAAACGAUGCUGAUACUGCGUUACAGGGCUCAAACCAGUUACUUGCACCGAUGAACCAGAUAAUGGGUUCAAGCAGCAAACGUGGUGAGCUCCACGAUCCAUUAGUGGCAAGUACCGGAUCGGAUAAGGUUACAGAUAAACCGGCACAAGCAUCUGACCUUCUCACUCAUAUACAACAACAACAUGAAGCCGAGACCACGAUUCAAGAGCUCCGCUGCCAUCUACUCGAAAGUAGACGUACUAUCGACACCCUACGCUCUCAGCUUGCCUCUCACAAUUCCACUCGCACUGGAAUCCUAAAACCCAAAACAACGCGGCACUCUGACCAAGAUUAUCUAACGUCGACUCAAGUGAUGCAGUGCUGUGAAAACGCGUUCCGGGCAGCGCUAAAGGUAUUCGAAUCUUAUAAUGACAACAUUUAG